AUGGCGUAUCUGAGAGUAUCAGUGAGCAUUGUGCAAAAGGCAUUUGCUUUAUCCAACUCAUUCUCCUCUGCUGCAACUGUGAGCACUGAAGGAAAUACUUUCACUGUCUCUUAUCUCGUCGAAUCUUUGGGUUUAGCUACAACACUCGCAAAAUCCAUCUCAAGGAAAGUGAGCUUCGAAAACAAGGUAAAUCCAGAUUCCGUUUUGAAUCUUCUUAGAAGUCAUGGCUUCAAAGAUUCUCAGAUCUCCGGGAUUAUUACGACUUACCCAGAAUUGCUCAUAGCAGAUGCUGAGACAUGUCUUCGUCCCAAGCUUCAGAUUUUGCAGUGCAGAGGAGCUUCAAGCUCUGAGCUCAUAGAGAUUGUUUCAAAAGUUCCGAAAAUCUUGGGAAAGAAAAGGGAAAAAUCUAUCAGCUUAUACUAUGAUUUCGUCAGAGACAUUAUGGAAGACGGUAAGAGUUCAAAGUACGAAAAGUUAGAUCAUUCUUGGCCUGAAGGUAAGGACGGUAAUAAAGUCCGAAAUGUAUCGGUUUUGAGAGAAUUAGGAGUGCCUGAGAAGUUGUUAUUCCCAUUGCUCAUUUCCAAUUGUCAACCUGUUUGUGGAAAAGAGAGAUUCGAAGAAACACUCAAGAAAGUCGUUGAUAUGGGUUUUGAUCCGACCAAGUCAAGGUUUGUGGAAGCUCUGCACGUUAUSUACGAAAUGAGCGACAAAACGGUAGAAGAGAAAGUAGCUGUCUAUAAAAGGCUAGGCUUUAGUGAAGACAAUAUAUGGGCAAUUUUCAAGAAGUGGCCUUUCUUUCUGAAAUUAUCCGAGAAGAAGAUAGCUAACAUGUUUGAAGCCCUGAAGAAUUGUGGUCUGCUGGAGGAAGAGGUUCUUUCGGUGUUGAAGUCCCGUCCACAAUGCAUACGACAUUCAGUGCAGAAGAUAUUGGACUUCAUGGAGAUGUUUCUAGGCUUAGGAUUUAGCAGAGAUGAGUUUAAGAUGAUGGUCAAGCGAUUUCCUCAGUUCUUUGCAUAUUCUGCAGAGAUGAUUAAGAAAAAGUUUGAGUUUUUGGUGAAGAAGAUGAAUUGGCCACUAGAGGCUUUGGUUUUGAACCCUACGGUAUUUGGAUACAGCCUAGAGAACAGGAUUUUGCCAAGGUGUAAAGUAAUCAAAGCUCUCAUGUCGAAAGGAUUGAUGAGUGAAAACCCUCCAAUUUCAUCUGUCUUGGUAUGUCCUGAUGACGAGUUCUUGAACCGGUAUGUGAUGAAACAGGACAAGCUUGUGCCUGAGUUGAUGGCUAUCUUCACCGGAGAUCAUAGUUCAUAG